AUGCCUUCUGUAGCUACCACCUCGGAAAUUCCGCUUCUUCCUUCGGCUUCAAAGCCUUUGCCUCUGACCACCUCGACUCAAGGUCUUCAAGAUAUAGCUGACAAGCACAUCACCAAAGGUCUGGGUAGACUUCGUGAUCAUGUUUUCAAGGAGGGCAAGGGUCUGAGAGUACUCACCACUGAUAACCAAAGAUUGCUCGACUUCACCUCCGGUAUUGGAGUGACCUCCCUCGGACAUGCUCACCCAGAUGUCACUGCUGCUAUCGUCGCUCAGGCCCAAUCUAUCAUCCACGUACAAUGCGCUAUCGGUCUAUCUGAACCUUACGUCCAGCUGGUCGAAUCGUUGCUCACCAUGAUGCCCGAUCCAAGUCUGGACAGCUUCUUCUUCUGGAACUCGGGUUCUGAAGCUAUCGAAGCUGCUAUCAAAGUCGCUAGAACCAAAACUAGGAGGAACAACAUUGUUGUCAUGCAAGGUGGUUACCACGGCCGAACUUCCGGUGCUGCCGCUUUGACGCGAUCGAAAACCUCUUUCUUCAAGGGUACCGGACCCCUCAUGCCAUGCGUGUACACUACUCCAUUCCCAUACUGGCACGCUAUGGGAUUACCCAAAGAGACCCCCGAAGAAGUCCUUGUCGAACAAGCUAUUCUGGGUAUCGAGAAUCUGCUUCAACAGCAGACCGCUCCUGAGGACACGGCAGCAAUCUUCUUGGAACCUGUUAUCGGUGAAGGUGGAUACGUACCAACCCCUCCAGCAUAUAUCAAACACCUUCGACAACUCUGUGACAAACACGGUAUAAUGCUUGUGGUGGAUGAAAUCCAAACUGGUUUCUGCAGGACUGGAAAGACAUUCGCCAUCGAACAUUCAGGUGUGAGACCUGAUUUGAUGGUGUUCGCUAAAGGUUUUGCCAAUGGUAUGCCAAUCUCUGGUAUCGUCACUCGAAGCGAAAUCAUGAGUGCUAUGCAGCCUGGUUCUUUGGGUGGUACAUACUCUGGUAACGUCGUUGCAUGCGCUGCUGCUCUCGCUACUACUCGAUAUAUGCGAACCCACGAUAUACUAGGCCAUGUCAACGCCAGAUCAGAACAGAUCUUCAAGGGUUUGAAAGAGAUCCAAGCGGAUACCGAAAAUGGAGGGUGGAUGAUCGAAGAAGUCAGAGGUCAAGGUUUGAUGAUUGCCAUCGAAUUCAAAGACCCCAAAUCCAAACUUACUGGAAAACACUCAAGAGGCGAUAUCACCCUUCCAGGAAACCUUAACACACUGGUACAAAACGCAUGUUACGAUAGGGGUCUUUUGGUGUUGACCACUAGUAUCUACCCUGUAUUGAGAUUGAUCCCAGCCUUGAUCUUGAGUGAAGAUGAGGUUGAUGAGAUGUUGAGUACCAUGAAGGAGGCUGUCAAGGAGGUCGCUAAAGCAGUAGAGGGCAAAUAG